AUGGUCCCACGACCCAGGCUGACCCUAGGCCGCAAAAACCUUGAAGAAACGGAGCUGCCGUCUGGGCAUCCCUCUAUUCGAUUCGUGAAAGGCUCCUUAACUAUUGAGGGCCCUGGCUGCCUUCAACCCAACGCAUCGCUGAUCUAUCCAAAGAGGGGUAAAAAUUUACAUAAAUGGUUCGAUAUAAAUAUUAACCCUCUCCCAAGCGCGGACGACGAAUUCCGAACCCUUUCUGACGGAAACUAUCAUGCUGAUCAGCCUUAUGGAAACAAACGAUGUCCAGAGACGUAUGAUGUCCCUGUACGCUCGUGCGCUCAUUUAGCUCUAAACGGUGGCGUUUCCUCCCCUUGCCAGCCAGGUUGA